AUGUCUGACACUGUUCCACUUUUACCGAGCGGUUUUGAUGCCACUGCCUCACCAAUUUUAUCAGAUAAUAACAUUCGAGUUCGUACUACUGGACCUUUGAAUUUACAAGGCGCCUCUAAUGACACGGUUUUACAAAGACAUCGUCGUGAGGGUUCAACAGGUCCGGAGCCUGGCCGUUGUUGUAAGAAGACACCACCCAAUCAGAGGAAAGCCAAAUAUCCCAUUGCCCUUGUAGCCUCCACAUGGGGUCUACUCACCAAUAUCGAGAGGGCUAUCAUUAUCCCAACUAUGUGGCUAUUCUUUAUUAAAUACUGGGGCCCUGACACAGCAGCUGAGUUUUACGGAAGCACUCUUGGAGUAUUUAGUUUCUCAAUUUUGAUUGCCACUCCUCUAUUUGGUUAUGCUGGCCACUAUGGAAUUAGUGUGAAGUUCCUGCUUCUUGUGGCGAACCUUUUGGAGGUACUUGGAAAUCUUGCUUACCUUUGUGCCCAUGGGCCUUGGGCGGUUUUCGCUGGACGCUUGUUAGCUGGGAUUGGAGCUAGUUGUGAACCUCCAAUGUAUGCAGAUCUCACACGUUCGACUGAAAUUAAUGAACGAACUCCCUUCAUCAUUGUUCUCUUACUCUCACGUCAAGUUGGACUAAUCUUUGGACCCGCAUUUACUCUCAUCUUAGAACGGUUGAAUUUGAAAAUUUUUGACAUGGAGGUUAAUGUGUACAAUGGUCCGGGUCUUGUUAUGGCUUGUUUGUGGAUUCUCCAUUCCAUUCUCAUUUUGAUUUUCUAUCCCAACCUCGACAAAUCAGGUGCCUUUGCAGAUGAUGCUCCGAAGAUCACGCAGAUCACAUCCACUAAGCCAAAUGAGAGUACACCAACCAACAAGGUUGAGGUUCGUUUCGCUGGAUUCAGGCAAUAUUGUUUUCUUACGCUCUACGCUACCACAUUUGUUUCUUACUACUCCGUAAUGGCAUUAGAAUCGGUUCUUUCCCCCGUGGCCAAUCGUGCUUUUGGUUGGGGUCCGGUUGAGGUGAGCUACAUAUACAUCGCUGCGAGUAUCCUCGUCAUAUUGGUUUCCGGUAUCAUGCAUUUCUUGUCCAAAUGCAUUGAGGAUCGCAAACUCAUUUGUAUUGGUCUUUGUUUUCUCGUCACCUCCUACCUUUAUCUAACAGUGAUUAUCUUCACCCUUGAUUCCCUCGGUGAGUGGGGCAAAUUUCUCGUUGUAACUGGUGUUGGAGUCCAUGUGAUUGGAAUGCCCUUUCCAUUGGCCAUCUCUGAGUCUCUCUACACCAAGUUUGUUCCCUCACCACAACUGGAUCAUGCUCAAACCAUCCUUCGCACUGUCAUUAAUGCGGCCUUCCUAGUUGGACCUUUUGUAGGUGGUAGCCUGCAGGCUCACCCGUCUGUGGUCUUCUUGUCCAUGCUUCUCCUCAACCUCAUUCCUUUGACUAUGCUUCUGUCCAGAUUCUCUGAAUUCCGAGUAACUUCGGAAACACCAUUGGAAAGGCCUUCUACCACCAAUCGGCCCUCUGAUUCCCAUCUCAGCGUAUGA